UAUUUACAUAAAGGCAAGGAUAUAGAGAGAUGGACAACAAGCCAAGUCUCCGGAAUAAUAAUGUUUUAAUACAAGUGGUUGUUUGCUUUCUCUUGAUUGUAUUAGUAGGGAUUUUGGCUCAUCACAAACACCACAAGUCUACUCAAGCUGACAUUGAGGACGCGAUGAUCAUGAUGAUGAUUUCUCCUCUCCCCCCUUCGAAUAACGUAAUGAUUCAGAAGAUGUUGAGACAUCAUUAUUCUCUUCGUCAUCACACUCAUAAGCCUAUCAAUUAUGUGAGUAAAAGAAGUGUACCAAAUGGAUCUAACCCCAUUCACAACCAGAGGGGCGCACCCCAACUACUCAUCAUUAAUUGGGAAAAGCUACAAUCAACCCUGAACAGUGGAGCUAGCUAGCUGAGGUCGAUCUGGUUCGCUCGGAUCUACAACCAAGUCGAAUCCAGAGUCCAUCAUAUGUAACUAUUUUACAUGGAGAUAUGAAUAAAUAUAUAUAUAUUGAAUAAUACGUAGUAAUUAAUUAUUAUAUAUGAAUAAAUAUAUAUCACCAAUUCACCAUUAUUAUUCAUCAGUUCAGGCAUUAAUGCUGGUUUUGCCUUUGUCAAGUAAAAACGUGAUUAUUGUAGUGUAUUUUCAUUUGCAAUUGUAAAAUCUUUAGCCUUUGUUCUACGCUCCCAGUUUCCACAAAAAUAUUCUCAUUUAUUUUGAAGGAAUAGUUUUUUUAGUUGGAAUUUGUAGACCC